AAUGCCAAUCUUUAGAGGGGCUGCUUGCCAAACUAUGGUAAACUCAAAGAAAAAGACUUCUUUUAAAAGAGUUCAUAAAGGUCUACUUCAAACUGCUAUAAAUAUCUGCAGACGGAAAUUCUAUGAUAAUGGACAGGAUGAAUUAUUGGAAGCUGAUAUUAAAAAAAUUAAUGAUACUGAUUUAUAUUCGAAAGACACUAUAAACUCUUAUACAGCCUACUUAAGAAAAUUACAGGUAUUAUCUCCAUCAAAAGGUAAUGAUUUAAGGCUUGCUCGCAGAUUUAAUUUUGACGAAUAUGCUGCUACAAGUGGAGGUAAUACUAAAGAAUUGUUCCUAUUGGACGAAGCGCCCGAAAUAUCUUAUGACGAAAUUAUCGACUGUGAUGACUAUUUUGUUGAAAAUGUUCUUGUUAGAGAAAUGGCUGGACGAUUUGUUGAAUCUAUAUGGUUUCGUUUAUUAGUUAUGUUGUUGAUAGUUGUCAACUCGUUAAUUAUAGGCCUACAAGCGUCCGGAUUAGAGGUAUAUCAUAUAACCGUUUAUUUCUUUAAAUUAGUAGGACAAUUUAUCAACUCACCAAGACUUUUAAGAGUUCUUCGUAUAAUUAGGGCAUUUAGAUCGUUACGUAGUAUUGACGCUUUGGCUGGAUUAUCUGCCGUUGUAUAUACAAUUCUAGUUUCUAUACCGCAGAUGUUCCAAAUAGUAAUUAUCCUACUAAUUAUAAUAGUUAUGUACGGAGUUAUGGGUACGAUAAUGUUUAGGGAUAUGUCACCUGACUAUUUCGAUAAUUUAGGGACUUCACUAUUUUCACUAUUUAUUUGUAUCAAUCAAGAUGGUUGGUUAGCAAUUGUAGAUCAAAUAAAGAACUCUCGUAUUGAUAUUCAUAUGAACUGGACUAAAUAUAUUGCCUAUAUUUAUUUGGGUUCAGUGAUUGUUGUUGGCGCAUUUAUGAUUAGUAACCUAAUAAUUGCAGUAUUGAUAACAAAUAUUGAAGAAGUAAUGAGUAGUACAGAGACGGUUAAGCAUGAGGCGGAAAUAUUGAAACUAUCAGAGGAAGUCAAAGAUCAGUUGAAAGAUGUACAGAAGGAAAACGAUAUGAAACUAAUAAACGUAGAGGAUUUUAUAGCUGAUGUGAAAUAUUCCGAACAGAAUGCAAACGAAACAGGAGUAUUUCUAAAUAAUCUAUCGUCGGAUAAUCUUGCGAAUUAUAUGUUCUUGUUAGAUUGCUUAGAGAAUUCAUUGAGUGAAUAUAAAGUAAUUAAAGAAGAUAUUGGAAAACUUUAUCAUGUAAUGAAUUCUUUAAAUACAAAUUCGAUGAAACAAAGGCAAUCGGACUACUUUACUCCAGACUUUAAUCAGCUUUUAAAGAAUAUAUAUACAAUGGAUUCCCUCCAAUUAGCAGACUAUCUGACUUGA